GCACCACAAACCGCCACAAUGUCCACAAUCAUCACUUCGAUCAUUUUACUCGUUUUGAGCGAAUCUUUAGUUUCAGGAUGUCUCAUUACCAACUGUCCUCGCGGCGGCAAACGGAGCAAGUUUGCCAUAAGUGAAAACGCCGUCAAACCGUGUGUGAGUUGCGGUCCCGGCCAAAGCGGGCAAUGUUUCGGCCCCAGCAUUUGCUGCGGACCUUUCGGGUGUCUUGUGGGAACCCCCGAGACGCUGCGUUGCCAACGUGAGGGCUUUUUCCACGAACGCGAGCCCUGCAUUGCCGGCAGCGCCCCCUGCAGGAAAAACACAGGGCGGUGCGCUUUCGACGGGAUUUGUUGCAGUCAAGACUCUUGCCAUGCGGAUAAAAGCUGUGCCAGUGACGAUAAAAGUCCGAUAGAUUUGUACACUCUCAUUAAUUACCAAGCUGAGUUGGCUGGUGAUAAAUAAAAAAAUCAAUAAUUAAGCUUAUUUCGCAAGUCAUGACAAAUUAAUGUCUUGUUAUUUAAGUGUGUGAAGAACUUUUGAGCAAUUGUCAAUAAAGCGGUAUCAGU